ACAGGAGUGCGGAGGCUGUUCUGAAAAGAACAAAAGGACUGGCAGUUGGUUUUGAAGUUGGAGACAAUGUUUUUUUUCACCCAACUUCUACUUUGUGCCUCUCUGUUGCACUUCAGCGCUGCAAUUCUAGACUUUUCAGCCUGCACCUUCCCAUUUCUUUACAAAGGCAAGACACAUGAUACGUGCACCAAGGACGGAUCCAGGUUUGACUGGCUAUGGUGUGCCACAACAAGCAACUAUGACAAAGACCACAAGUGGAAGCGUUGCUAUGAGAAAGAACAUGGUGGGAAUUCCCAUGGAAAGCCUUGUGUGUUUCCAUUUGUGUAUCGUGAGCGAGUGUUCUAUUCCUGCACAGAUGAGCAUGUCAAACCCAGGAUGUUCUGGUGUGCUACCACAAGCAACUAUGACAUAGACAAAAAAUGGAGCUACUGUGCUGAUACCAUAUUCUGUCCCGGAAAGACCAACUCUGUUGUGGAUGAGAAAAAGGACAUAUUUUGACUCUUCAGCUCCAAGUUGCCUGGAAGUAACCAGCUGGAUGAAGCUAAGAAUUGUCCAGGAAAAAGGCUACAGUGAAUACGGUCAAGAAAGAGACCAAGACGGAGUAGCUCGAUCUGUGGACCCAAUCUCAUGAAGCUUGUUUCCUAGUUAUCCAAUUGACAUCAGCUGAGUUUGCUGGUUUGAGGUGUCCAAUCGAGGGCACAAAAAAUGAGCCACCAUUAAUACUGUGGUUUUUGGAUGAGACCUUAAAACCAUUUACUUGAAAUAAACAUUUAGGGAGGGGGACUUUCAUCCAAGUAAGUGUUUUUUGGGACUGAAGCUAUAGGGCUCACUAGUUAUUGAAAUUGUCUCUGUGGGAGGGUGUGGUGCCGCCCUCCUCUGUUGUUGCCUAAAACAUAUUAUGGUUACAGGGAUCCUUGAACCGAUCACAGAAAUUAUAACUGAAGUCUCAGGCCCCUUCUGCACACGCAAAAUAAUGAGUUUUCAAACCACUUUCACAACUGUUUGCAAGUGGAUUUUGCCAUUCCGCACAGCUUCAAAGAGCAUUGAAAGCAGUUUGAAAGUGCAUUAUUCUGCAUGUGCGGAAUGAGCCUCAGUUUUUCAGAGCCAGCGAAGAUGUUUAUUUCAUAUGCACAGCUCCUUUCUCUAGUUUACUAUCAGAACAGGAAAGCUAGCUUAAGAGGGAAUGUUUGCGGUUAUUUAUUUAUUUGUUGGAUUUCUAUCCCUCACCAUCCUCGAAGGGCUCUGGGUGGGUUACAAGGAGGCCAGUUAUCCAAUGAGGUUUAAGACUGAAGAGGAGUUCGAACUCUAGAUGAGUUUCCUAAUCUGUGCCCAGCAGUCUACCCAACAGAUCAUACUCAUUUCUAGAACCACUAAGAAGAAGAAUCAGUUUUGAAAGUAUCAGACAUUAGGAUGUAACAGACAGGUUGCAGUUAAGUGGUUUCACCAAUAUGGGAAAAGAACCUGUCCUCAGUGAAGGGAUUUCUAACUCACAACCCCCCGUAGGGUUUUCAAGGCAAGAGAUGUUCAGAGGUGGUUUGCUAUUGUCUGCCUCCAUGCCACACCCCUGAUCUUCCAUGGAGGUCUCCCAUCCAAACACAAACCAGGGUGGUUAAAUCAUCACAACUUAUAUGCAGUAAUAGCAGCACUGGGCUUAGGUGAAUGGUUAAAAUGAGAGUAACCGAUAGUUUAAAAAGAGAGAUUUUUCACCAUUGAACUGUAAUUAUACUUGUAUUGGGAUGGGAUGGAAUAAGGGGUUUUCUCUCCAUCCCUAGAUAGAGAUGCCAGCCUCCAAGUGAGACCUGGGGAUACCCUGGAAAUUACAGUUCAUCUCCAGACUUCAAAGAUCAGUUUCCCUGGAGAAAAUGGAAGCUUUAGAGGAUGGACAUUAUGGCACUGUACCUCACCUGCUCUCCUCAGGCUCCAUCUUUAAAUCUCCACUAGUUUCCCAACCUGGAUCUGGCAACCUUAAUCCCUAUCCCCUAAUGGUGGCCAGCAGGGACUUGGAAACCCUACCUCUAGAGGCCUUCUGGAUUAAGUCAAAGACUUUCCUUUGACUUAAUCCAGAAGACCUCUAGGAAUAGAGUUUCCAGGGUUUUUUUCCAGAAGAUCUUGAAUUGUUGUAGAGUGGUGCCUACUGAUUCCAAAGCUGAGAUUGUGACUAUUACCUUCUCCUUUGUGGAGCGUUCCCUAAACAGUGUCCCAUAAUAUUUUUACAUAGUGAUACUAUUUGCUUGUCUUCUAGGCCGACCUUCCCCAACUGGGCUCAGCGGGGCUUCCAAACGAAGAAUUUACAACAUGAUAAUUAAUGCAUAGCUUAUGUUUUAAUGUGUUGUAUGCCUUGAGGACUGUUUUUAGGUUGAAAGUAUGCUGAAGAAUCCUUUUUCAAGUAUACAUUUCAGGGAGGAGGUCAUAGGUUUAAUUCUGGUUCAAUGAUCUCAGAGGAGGACUGUUAGGAGAAAUCUUCCCCUGUGUGAGUUCCCAGAGAAUCUUUAUCACCGUUCAAAGUAAAUGACGAGUUAAGAUGAACCUGACUUGAUAGGAGAGAUGCUUGAAUGUUAACUGAGGUGAUUUCUUUUUGGUUUGUGUCAGAAGAUAUCAUUUGUAAUAAAAAAAUACGUAAUUCUU